AUGCCAUCAACAAGUGAAAUUGAAGACCCUCUGAUUAAUGAUGGAGAAAUGAAAGAAGACAAACCAGUGAAACAAAAAUGGUUAUGGUCAUUAUAUACAAUAUUAACAGUAAUGUCAUUAAUAACAUUGGCAUUGACUGUUACUACAUUAAUUAUUUUAUCCACAAAAUUAGGAGAAAUUAAUUAUACUGUGGUUAAUAGUCCAAGUUUACCUUCAGCAUAUGUUAUUCCUGAAAAUAGAAUCACUCCAGUUAAAGGACAAUUAGCUAGAGGUACAUGUUGGAUAUUUGCAACAAUCAGUUUAAUUGAGUCAUCAUUACGUAAGAUUGCAAUAGAAAAUGGAUCAAUUAGACCAAAUGAAUAUAUUGCAUUAAGUGAACAAGCAUAUGGUAAAUUAAUGUUACAAUUAUGUAAUGGAACAUAUGAAGCAGUUCCUGAUGAUAUUAAAACAUUUUGUGAAGAUGGAGGAAUGGGAAAAGGAAAAACUGAUGAUGGAGAGAUUGAAUGGGUGUAUUAUUUUAGAAAAUAUAAUUCCGAAUUCUUUUAUCCUAAUGAAGUUUGUCCAUAUACUGUUCGUAGAGGAAAAGGAGAUUGGGAAUGUGAUGGAGUUGAUUUAAAGAAUCCAACAAAACAUUCACCAUUUAAUAUUCAAGUUAAUAGUUUAAAAAGUAAAUAUACUCCUCAAAGUAUUAAAGAAAUGAUUUAUGAUACUCAAGGACCUGUUGGAUGGGGUCAUGCCACGUUAGGAAGAACAUAUUUAUAUCCAUGUGAUUCGAAAUCACCAUUCAUAAAUAAUGAAGAUUGUAUGUUACAUAAAUAUCCAUGUGAAAAUGGAUUUUGUAGUAAAGUAUCAACAUUAAGUUUUGGAUAUGAUGGUAUUUUUAAAUUACAAGGAGAACCAACAAAUAGAGGAGGACAUGCAAUGAAUAUUGUUGGAUGGAAUGAUGAUUAUCUUGGAGGAGGAUUUAUCAUUAAAAAUUCAUGGACAUUACAAUCAGGACAUUCUAUGGGAUAUUUUAUGGGUAAUCAUUCAUUAUUUAAUGAAGAUCAAAUAUGUCCAACAUAUAAUUCAAUAAAUAAAUGGAUUCCAAUGAAUUAUGAAUGUUUUAAAACGAAUCAAGAUAGUGAAAUGUGUCCAAAUAUCACACGUACCUUUGUUGGAAUUGCUAAUCAUGGAGCAACAGUACUUGUUUGUGCAGGAGCUAAUUCAAUUACAGAAACAACAAAAUUAAGAGCAAAUGAUUAUGGAUAUGAACCAUGUGGAAAUGAUGAAGGAAGAAGUUAUUAUUAUGCACUUGAAAUGACUCAUGAAACUGAUGGGUCAUCAUAUAAACCAUAUGUAGAAUAUCCUAAAGGAUCAGAUGGAUAUGCUAUUUUCCAUCUGUUAAGAUGGACACAAGGUAAUGAAGCAAAUGUAGAAAGAGUUCAAACAAAUUAUACAACAUGGCAAUUUAUGGAAAGAUUAUUUACUCCAAAAGAUUUGUCUAAUUUCUUAAAUACAGAACAUUGUGGGUAUUAUUUUAUGUCAUAUGACACAUUCUUAGAACAUGAUUUAAGACAUCCAAUUGGAGGACAUGAUACUUAUGUGUUUUCAUCUGUUGAUAUUAAAUUUGAUCAUUCAAAGUUUAAUGAUAAAGAAUUAUUUAAGAAUUCUACGUUAGAAUAUCAAUUACCAGUUUUCUCUGGUUCUCUUGAUUUCAAUUGA